UGCGUGUUCGAUUCACGUCGGGUUCAAAUCCCUAAAGGAUCUUCCUCUUUUUCGACGUUUUCAGAUCAAAACGCGGCGUUCAAUCCCCGUCGAUCACCUGAAGCUAAACUGAUCGGCGGUUCUGAUCGAGAGACUCAACAGGGGAUCACGCAUCGCGCCCUCAUACGAUCACCUCACCCAUCAUCUUCUUUGCCGAAAACCCUAGAUUCCCCUUCCCAAGAGCGACAAUGUUUUUGGCUACUCGACUGCGCCAAGCGUGUCGCUAUCGCUUCUACUGCACAGUCGCAUCAUCUUCAAAUUCACCUGAGGCUAACAUUAUCAAAUGGCCAGGUCCCUUUUCUCCCUUCUCGAGGGUGGAAUCGAAGCCGGUUCUCGCCCGUCUCAAGGCCGAGAAGGACCCACUACGGGUGCUCGAGAUUUGUCGCUCCGCUACGCUCAACCCUGAGGCUUAUAUCGAUCGCAUUUGUUUCUCCAUCGCCAUUUCCAAGCUCGCCGCAUCCAAACACUUUGAGGGUAUCCGUCAAUUUCUUGAGGAAUUGAAGACCCGCCCGGACUUUCAUAACAACGAGGGUUUUGCGUGCCACGUUAUUAUCUGGUAUGGUCAAGCCAACAUGCUUGAAGAUGCCAUCCUCACUUUCAAGCAACUUGAUGAGUUCGGUAUUGCUCGUUCCGCUAAACCGUUGUAUGCUUUGUUUGUUGCUUGUCAAAUUGUUAAGAACUACGAGGAGUUAUGUCGAAUUUUCCUCGAAUUCCCAAAAACAUAUGGAAUAGAACCCAACCUUGACAUGUAUAAUGUGGCAAUCAAGGCGUUUUGCAUUGAGGGUAAGUCUAGUUCUGCAUAUUCAAUAAUGACUGAGAUGGAUAAAAAAGGUGUAAAGCCAGAUGAGGCUACUUUUGGGAAUUUGCUUGCUGGAUUUUACAAUGAAGAAAAGUUGGAAGACGUAGGAAAGGUGUUGAAACUGAUGGUACAGUAUGGUAUUAAACCGGGUGUUACCACCUACAACAUUAGGAUUCAGAGCUUAUGUAAAAUGAAGAAAUCAUCUGAAGCGAAGGCUUUGCUCAAUGGCAUGAUGUCCAGGGGCGUGAAGCCAAACACAGCUACUUUCUGCCAUUUGAUUCAUGGGUUCUGUAAAGAAGGGAAGUUGAACGAAGCUAAGAAAUUGUUAGGUGAGAUGGUAGCAAGAGACAUCAAACCCAGUCCCACCUGUUACUUUACUCUGAUUUCUUUCCUGUGCGAAGGGGAGGACUUUGUGGGCGCGUUGUUCACUGCCAAGAAAAGUAUGAAGCAUGGUUGGCUUCCACCUUAUUCAGUAAUGGAAAGACUUGUGAAUGGGUUGAUAAGCAUUUCAAAGAUUGAUGAUGCUAAGUAUCUUAUUAAGCGUAUCAGGCAGAAGUUCAAGAAAAUAAACACUGCUCAAUGGGAUGAAAUUGAAGCCAAAUUGCCUUCAUAGUUCAUAGGGAUGACUGUAAACCCUGAAAACUCAAUGACAUUCGGCUUAUCAGUGGCUUGGCUUGUAUCCUUCCCGGUCAAGUCCAUUCAUGUCCUCUGUCUUUAUUGGUCAGCUCAUGAAAAAUCAUUAGGUGGAUUGACCAUAUUAUGAAUAUACUUGUAGGAGUGUUGACACCUAACAAUCUCAUUAUAACUCAUUAUCUUGAGACUUUAACCUUA